UCAUUCUCCAGCAGGAAAAAGCGCCAACUUCUGCUGCACCGUCUGAAUAGUCUAAAACCGAUGGUUCAAGGGGCUGGAUAUUUGGGGAAAUACACACCAUUUAGAUUUGGGAUGACUUACUUCGUGGGGUGCGCUGUUGCGUCCCAGUAGGAACGAUUCUUGCUGAAGGAGCCUGCGGAAAAGAUGCCCGGUCUGCAAGGUGAAAAUAUUGUGGCGGCACAGGGGAGCCCGGUGAAGAAGAGUAAACUCUCUUUAAAGUUCUUCCAGAAGAAAGAAACCAAACGGGCUCUGGACUUCUCUGAACCACAGACACAGGAGCCCAAAACAUCCGAAUCAGAGGAGCCUGAAGGCAGCAGUGAGCAGGUGGUAUAUGGCCCCACUCCCUGUCCCACAUCACCUGCCAUUCCUCUGUCGUGUGAGAAGAGAGAAAACCUGGUUCCGUUUGUGGGUCUCAACAACCUGGGCAACACCUGCUAUUUAAACAGUAUCUUACAGGUUCUGUAUUACUGCCCCGGGUUCAGAGAAGGCGUAAAGAAGCUGUACAGCUUAUCCAAAAGACAAGAAAAGCUAAAGGAAGAAACUGUCAAAAAAGAAGAGGUUGGUCAAAUCAAACUGCCAGAUUCUGUGUCUGAGGCUCUGCCAGCUCACAUUGAACUGCUUGGGAGCUUCAACAGUCUGGUAACGUCAGUCCAGGAGCUGCAGUCCAGCUUCCUGCUCAGCCCCGACAGCUUCAGUGAAGGAGAGCUGGCCAUGCCGCCGCGCAAGCUGCUGCACACGCUCAGGCAGCUGAACCCCAUGUAUGAGGGUUACCUUCAGCAUGAUGCUCAAGAGGUUCUGCAGUGCAUCCUGGGAUACAUGCAGGAGGCCUGUGACACCAUCAGAAAGGAGCAGGAGCUGGAAGAGGAAGUCAAGGAAGAGCCUAGAGAGGUUAAGACAGAGAACAGCUCCGAGCCCGUUCCCAGCAGCUCUGAGAAAGAAUCCACGUGUCCCACAGACGAGGACGGCCAGCUCAGCGGCAAGAGGAAGAGCGACACUGAGGUGGGAAAUGCAAAGAAGAAGCCAAAGUCCGCCAAGUCUAAGAAGCCCGACAGCAGAGAGGAAGACAUCUGCACAAACAAACCCCUGACCCGCUCCAAGAGGAAGUCCUCCAGCGAAAUCACAGCGGAAAGCUCUCAGAAUGAAGACGGAGGGGCCGUAAAAGAGGAGGGCGGGAAGGAGACGAAGCAGGAGGGAGGAAACCAAGAGGAGGGAAGUGAUGAAAAGACCACUAAAGAGGCCGAAGGGAAAAGGAAGAAGAGAGCUAAGCUGAGCUGGCUGCGGCCGUCCAGGAAACAGCCCAGCAUUUUCUCCAAGUUCUGCAGCGUGGGGAAGUUGAGCUCCAGCACCGUGAAGACCAAAGCCGAGCAGGACGGCGGGCCCCCGGAGCGGCCCAAGGAGAAGACCGGCCCCGAACCUCAAGCCCCCAGCUCCCCCGGAGAGGAGAACACCCACAACCAUACAGAGGGCCUGGGUUUGAUGGAACAGCUGUUCCAGGGCCAGCUGGUUCUGAGGACUCGAUGUCUGGAGUGUGAGACUUUCACAGAGAGGAGGGAGGACUUUCAGGACAUCAGCGUCCCGGUCCUGGACGACCAGCCGGACAGUCCAGAUGACCUCUCAGAGGUGUCUCCAGACCCGAAACCAGAGCUGAAGACUCUGAAAUGGGCCAUAGCGCAGUUUGCCUCGGUGGAGCGCAUCGUCGGGGAGGACAAAUACUUCUGCGAAACCUGCCACCAUUACACCGAGGCCGAGAGAAGCCUGCUGUUCGACAAAACCCCCGAGGUCAUCACCAUUCACCUGAAGCGCUUCUCCGCCAACGGCCUGGAGUUGGACCCGUACGCUGGCCUGUCCAAAGUCAACACUCCCCUGCAGACCCCUCUGACUCUGUCCCUGGAGGAGUGGUGCACCAAGCCCCCCCCCUCCUCCGGCGGGGGUCAGCGCUACCAGCUGUUUGCGGUGGUCAUGCACAGCGGCGUGACCAUCAGCAGCGGCCACUACACCGCCUACAUCCGCAUGUCCGACCUGAGGGACGCCCGGCUGUGGCUGCAGGACAAAAAAGAGGCCGAGCCGGAGGAGGAGGAAGAGGAAGAGGAGAAGGAGCAGAAAGAGCCGGACGGCCCUCAGGACUACGACGACGGAGAGGUGUCCUUCAGCCUGACCACGAGGGGCCAGCGGCGCUCCGGUCUGGCCGGCUCCAAAGCAGCGGGCAAGAAGCUGUCCGAGGGCGGCGUGGGACUGCUGGGCGGACAGAGGAGCCUGUCCAGCUGUGAGGUGGGAAACGGCGCGAGCAGCAAACCCGCCGAAAAAGCGGGAGGCUCCAAGCGCAGGAAGGCCCUCAGCAGCUCCGGCCAAAGCGCCGAGGCCGGACCCAAGAAGGAGCAGAAGGAGCCGGAGGAGGCGGCGCCGGCCGGAGGGGCGUCCGGGCAGCAGGCGCCGCUGGACGGCCUGCUGGAAUACGAGGGGAAGUGGCUGCUGUUUGAUGACUCUGAGGUGCGUCUGUUCGAGGAGGAGGACUUCCUGCGAGCCUGCUGCCCCGAGACCAGCUCCUCGUCCACGCCCUACCUGCUGUUCUACAGACGCAUGCCCGAGCCUGGACGCUAA